AUGACGUUUGAAAAACUAUACUACGAUCCGUCGAAUUAUGCGAGUUAUUCGGCGGUGGAUAAUCUAACUCGCGCCGUUAAACCGAAUUUCUCACGGGGAGAAGUCGUACGCUGGCUCGAAUCGCAAGACGCGUACACGUUGCACAGGCCAUUGCACAGAAAAUUUCCAAGAUUGCAUUACAACGUGACAAACAUUGACGAUGUGUGGGAGGCAGAUUUGAUCGAACUGCGAAAUCUAAAAAGUUACAACGACGGUUAUUCCUAUCUGUUAGUAAUUAUCGAUGUAUUAAGCAAAUAUGUCUGGGUAGAACCGCUACGUGACAAAACGAGCAACAGCGUGAUAAAAGCUUUUCAACGCGUACUAGCAAAAAGCGAAGGACGAGUACCCGUAUACUUACAAACGGACAAAGGUAAAGAAUUUGUCGCGCACCCAAUGCAAAAAUUCCUUAAAGAAAACGAUAUUCGUUUUCGAGUAACGCGCAAUCCCGACAUUAAAGCCGCCGUUGUCGAGCGCUUCAACAGAACACUGAAGGAGCGAAUGUGGCGUUAUUUCACGCAUAAAAAUACGCGACGCUACGUCGAUGUUCUACAGGACGUUGUACGCGCUUACAAUCACACGCGUCACACGUCCACGAGAAUGCAACCCGCGGUAGUAACGAGAGAAAACGCCCGUAUCGCGCGUGAAAAUAUAUCGCGUCGUUGGAAAAACAACAUAUUGAAGAAACGAACGCGAAAGAUUAAAUAUCGCGUUGGAGAUCUCGUUCGUAUCAGUAGGGCGAAAGCGGCCUUCGAGAAAGGUUACGAGGCUAAAUGGAGCGAGGAAAUAUUUCAAAUUUAUCGUAUUCUCGAUUGGCGAAAUCCUCACGUGUACGAGCUACGAGAUUUAGCAGACGAAGUCAUAGACGGUAUUUUUUAUGAGCAAGAAUUAGCACGAGUCGAGAAGAACCUAGAGGAAGAACAAUUUAUCGUUGAUCGCGUGAUAAAGAGUAGAGGGCGAGGAGCUAAUAAACAAGUGCUAGUUAACUGGCGCGGUUACCCCAGUAAGUUUGACACCUGGAUUCCGGCAUCGAGUUUAAUUUCUCUUCGCGAUGGAGGAGGAACAAUUUCUUCUAGUACUCCCGAGUAA